AUGGCAAGAUUGAGCUGCGAGGCCUGCACCAAGCGGAAAGUGAAAUGCGACCGGCUUAUACCGUGUACCAACUGCCGGAACUCGGGCAUCCUUUGCAUUCCGGUGGAGAGAAAACGACGUCCCCGUGGUCGAUCGCAAAGACCCGUGAAUUGGCCUUCACAGGCCCCUUUGGAUCAGAGGGACAGCCAUGAUAGUUUGCCAGCUGGCUUGGUCCAAUCCUCACUAGGGGAGCCGUCUGUGGCAUCAUCCGCACAAGCACCUAAUAUCCUAUCCACUCAAGACAUCCCCUCCUGUACUAGCGAGCUCGACAACACCCCGAGAAACAGUUGCGCCUUUUAUGAUAGAUUAGAAUCACCGCCAACAAAAGGGGCGGCGGGCCAGACUCGCGGACGCAGUGACCUUACCAAUAUGAUUAAUCAAUAUGCUCAACUGGGACCGAAUGAAACGAUAUCUGCGGGGAGGGACGUGAACAUUCUGCAUCGUCCGUCCAUUCAGGCACAUCUGUUGGAAGGAGAAUGCUACCUGAACUACGAGCCUUGGCAUCCGGCGCCUGCCGCACUUGCAUCUGCAAUAUACUACGCUGCCAGCUGUACUGUCAACCAAGAUAUAUGUCUCUCCUGCUUUGGGAUGGAUAAAGCCUCUCUGAUUUCAAAAUAUCAGAAGGAGUCGAAUGCUGCUCUCGAACGAGCAGACUACUUAUUGACGGAUGACCUAACUGUCCUCCAAGCUUUUGUGAUAUCUUUAAUAGCGAUGCGAUGUCAUGACCGUACCCGACGCUUCUGGACGAUGCUGGCAUUAGCCUUACGGAUUGCCCAUGCUCUCUCACUCCAUGAUUCCAGCCCCCCAUUCCCGGUCCCACUGUUUGAAAAGGAAAUGCGCCGACGACUAUGGCAUGCAAUUGGAUUGCUAGAUAUCCAGGCAUCUCUAAGCAGCGCUACAGAGCCAAUGAUUCAAUCCAACUGGGUCAGGCUCCAGUCAUUUCAUGAUAUGAACAACGAAAUACAAAUAUCCCAACAGAGAAAGGUCUCAGAGACUGCUUUGUUCCAUGUUCUUUCUUACGCUCAAGAGACAGCUCGACAGUUAAUCAUUCCGAACUUUGCCACGCCUUGUACAAAAUCUAUUCAACAGCGACAACAGCUAACAAUGGUAUUCAAGGCGCGCACAGACGAGCUAUUUGCUGGAUGUCAACCGGGCCAGAAUGACUUAGACUACUACGCUAAGGAGCUUUCGCACUCAAUCGGGCUUUACCUACAAGUCCUUGCGGUACGCUCGGUGGAAAAUAGUCCGCCCUCAGGCGAGUCACAAGCCACCAACAUCAAUAUCUUUAGGCUAGCUGUAGAGGCCCUCUAUACGAGAUGCCGGGUAUAUAGCAGCGUUAAGACACAGCCAUGGCGGUGGAUUGCAUCACUCUUUUUUCCCUGGCAAGCACUUGCAACGUGCCUUGCUGAAAUUCUAGACUGUGACGACCUACAUUUCGUGAGAAGUGUAUGGCCCCUGAUCGAGCAGAGCUAUGACUCAUUUACUACGCUCGGCAUUGAAUCGCCAAACCGUCGGCUGCAAGGAUCCAUGAAAGGCAUGAUGGAACGAGCUAGGAGUGUCCAUGACCGCAUGGUACUGUCCUUGCUCUCUCAUGAGAGUGCGGGAUCCGCUUUUUCCCUGAGGCUUUCACCACAAACAAUAUUCCAGUACCACGCGCCUUUCAAGUCAAGUGAAUUAUGCUUCCCCGACAACACUUCCACUAGAUCGACUGAGUAUCUACAUCCAUGCAGUCUGGGUCCCCAAGAGAAUAAUGUUGCCACACGGAAUAAUGACAGUGCACUGGACGAGGUUGAUCUGACUUCUGUCGAGUCACAAUUUCCGUUUGAAGAUAUGGCUACCUUCGACGUCGACGGUGUGUCGCAGGCCCUGUAUGAUGCAAGCUACGAAGAGCUGUUCUUACAAUACACCCAACAAUGA